UCCACAUCCAAUCAUGCAUACGCUUCUUGUUCCCGCCCCUCAGCGCAGAUUUGUACAAAGUGACAGCUGCAAUUUUAGUCACGCGCGUUUAACAUGGAGCACAGAAACUUCAACUUACUCCUGGCCACAGACUCGUACAAGGUCUCACAUUAUAAGCAAUAUCCACCCAACACUAGUAAAGUGUACUCCUACUUUGAGUGCCGCGCAAAGAAAACAGAUUCCACCAAGAGCCCGAUAGAGAGAUAUGACAAAACUGUGUUCUAUGGACUUCAGUAUAUUCUCCAAAGAUAUCUCAAAGGGAAGGUAGUGACACUAGAGAAGAUCAGAGAGGCAAAGGAAGUUUACCAGGAACACUUUCAGGACGAUGUGUUCAAUGAGCAAGGCUGGAAAUACAUUUUGGAGAAGUAUGACGGCCACCUCCCCAUUGAGAUCAAGGCUGUGCCAGAGGGGAGUGUGAUUCCUCGGGGGAACGUCCUCUUCACAGUGGAGAGUACAGACCCACAGUGCUACUGGCUCACCAACUGGGUGGAGACGAUCCUGGUACAGAUAUGGUACCCAAUCACAGUGGCUACAAACUCCAGGGAGCAGAAGAAGAUCCUGGCCAAGUACCUGCUGCAGACAUCAGGAAGCCUCAAGGGCCUGGAGUAUAAACUGCAUGACUUUGGCUACAGGGGAGUCUCUUCUCAAGAGAGUGCUGGCAUUGGAUCAUCUGCACAUUUGGUCAACUUCAAAGGCACUGACACUAUAACAGGCAUCUGUGUCAUUAAGAAGUAUUAUGGUUCCAAGGAUCCUGUGUCGGGAUAUUCUGUGCCAGCAGCAGAGCACAGCACCAUCACUGCCUGGGGGAAGGACCACGAGAGAGAGGCCUUUGAGCACAUAGUGCGACAGUUCCCCUCGGUGCCUGUGUCCAUCGUCAGUGACAGUUAUGACAUCUACAAUGCCUGUGAUAAUAUCUGGGGGAAGGAGCUAAGGGCCCUCAUUGAGACUCGCGGUCCUGAUGCACCGCUAAUCAUUCGACCAGAUUCAGGAGACCCCUUAGAAACAGUGCUCAAGAUUUUGGAGAUUUUGGGAAAAAGGUUUGGUUCUACAGAGAACGGCAGAGGUUACAAGGUGUUGCCCCCUUACAUCCGAGUGAUCCAGGGGGACGGAGUUGACAUCCACACUCUUCAGGAGAUAGUGGAAGGGAUGAAACAGCAUAGAUGGAGCAUUGAGAACAUUGGCUUUGGGUCAGGUGGUGCCCUGCUCCAGAAGUUGACCAGAGACAAGCUCAACUGCUGCUUUAAAUGCAGUUAUGUUGUGACCAACGGCCUUGGAGUGAACGUUUUCAAGGAUCCUGUGGCAGACCCUAAUAAAAGGUCAAAGAAAGGUCGUUUGUCACUGCACAAAACACAGGAGGGAGACUUUAUGACCUUGGAAGAGGGGAAGGGGGACUUGGAGGAGCAUGGUGCUGACCUGCUCCACACAGUUUUUCAAAAUGGCUUAAUAUUAAAGACGUACACUUUUGAUGAGGUGCGAGACAAUGCUAAGCUUAAGGACAGUGAGCUGGAUAGUCUGGAUAACUGAGACGGUCACUUAAACUACACAAAUCAGAGAGCUCUGAACAACUA